AUGGCAUCCAACGCUGAACAGCAGAUGAUCCACAACCAGAUCCGACGAGCCUUCGCGGACCUCGACCCCAAAAACGAGACUCCGGCCAUCAUACGUGAAUUCCUCGAGGAUGCCGGCGCUAGAGAUCGAGCCACGGCCGGAGCGAUCUUCGCUGCCGCCGCUCAGGCCCGCCUCGCAGCGGCUCGUGCCGCACAGACUGACCAGGCUGCCACUGCUAGUGCUGCCGGUGCUGCCGGUGCUGCUCCUGCUGCUGCUGGCCAGGGUCGUGGAGGUCAUGGUGGUCGUGGUGGAGGAGGAGGAGGAGGUCGGGCCGGCAGCCAGGCUGGUGCCCAGGGAGGACAGUAG